CUCAGAGCUGCAUGGGGAGACGCCACUGCAGGUCCGGUUUCUUGGUGUCUGGUCGGUGCCAUCAUUUCCCCACCCCUCCCCCGCCCUCCCCCAGCUGGUGACUUACCCUCCCCCUCCCCCUCCCACCGAGGGGGCAGGGGGCUGGGCAUGGACACUCGAUAAUGCCCCAUGCAGCGUCAGUGCGGGGCAGCGGGGGCUGUGGAGGCAGCGCGAGGCGGGAGAGCAGUGCUGACCGCUGACCACUUGCCCGGCCGCUGCUCUGUCUCUCUUCCCUCCCGCCCUCUCCCUGCCUUUCAGGGCUGGCCCCACGGUCCCACCCCUCACCCCCCACCCCGCCUCCUCGGGCCCUCCCAGCCUCUCCACGUAAGCCCCCCUCCCACCUGCCUUGUCUCUCCCUCCCCUCCCCCACCCGCAUCUUCCUGCUCCUCCAGCACCUCUCCCUCUCUGUCCUCUUACCAAGUCCUCCCCUCAUCUCCCUCCCUCCCUCCGGCUGGCUUUCUCCUGCUCCCUUUCUGGGAUCCUCCCUCUCCCGGUCUCACCCCUUCCCCAUCUCACCCAACUCCCUUCCCCCUGCCUCGGGCCUGACUCCCCUGCCCCAUCCCUUCUUGCCCUGUCCCCUUUGUGUCCCCCCUCUCCAUCUCCCCUCUGGCUUUUUGUCUUUUCUCCACCUCUAACUCCCUUCAGCUCCAUCUCCCUGUCCCUUCCCCACUGCUCUCCUCCCCGCCCGAGGCCCGAGCCACCAUGCUGACCCUGGUGGCUGGGGGGGUGGUGUUCCCCGGACUCUUCCUCCUCUCCAAGAACACGCUCCAGCGGUUGCCCCAGCUGCGCUGGGAGGAGGCCGACGCGGUCAUUGUCUCCGCCAGGCUGGUGUCCUCUGUCCAAGCCGUCAUGGCCUCCACAGCUGGCUACAUCGUCUCCACCUCCUGCAAGCACAUCAUCGAUGACCAACACUGGCUUUCCUCCGCCUACACACAGUUCGCAGUGCCCUACUUCAUCUACGACAUCUACGCCAUGUUUCUCUGCCACUGGCACAAGCACCAGGUCAAGGGGCACGGAGGGGACGAAGGAGAGGCCCGGGCCCCCGGCAGCACCUGGGCCGUGGCGCGCGGCUACCUGCACAAGGAGUUCCUCAUGGUGCUGCACCACGCCGUCAUGGUGCUGGUGUGCUUCCCGCUGUCGGUGGUGUGGCGUCAGGGCAAAGGCGACUACUUUCUAGGCUGCCUGCUGAUGGCCGAGGUCAGCACGCCCUUCGUCUGCCUGGGCAAGAUCCUCAUCCAGUACAAGCAGCAGCACACGCUGCUGCACAAGGUGAACGGCGCCCUGAUGCUGCUCAGCUUCCUGUGCUGCCGGGUGCUGCUCUUCCCCUACCUGUACUGGGCCUACGGGCGGCACGCGGGGCUGCCGCUGCUCGCCGUGCCCCUCGCCCUCCCGGCGCACGUCAACCUGGGCGCCGCGCUGCUGCUCGCCCCGCAGCUCUACUGGUUCUUCCUCAUCUGCCGCGGGGCCUGCCGCCUCUUCUGGCCGCGCGGCUCCCCGCCGCCCUCGCCCGCGCCGGCCCGCGAGUGAGGCGGGGCCCGAGGACCCUGCCCGCCCCUCCGCCAGCCCCACCCCGACCCCCCGGGGACGAGGCUCUGGGGCUGCAGCGAGGGGUGUGGAGCCGGGAGCCUGGCCGCCCGGGACGGACGAUGGACUCCGAGGGGUGGGUGCAGGCCCGGGGCCCGGGGCGGGGCGGGUGGAGGGGCGGGAGAGGGCCUGGGCCCGCGGCGCCUCCCGCAGACCCGUCUCUGACCACAGCCCGGGCCCUGGAGAGCGAAGGGCAGCGGAAGGGGCGGCCCUUCCCCUCCUGGUACGGCUUGAGGGCGGGGGGGGGGCUGCUGGAGGCUCACGGGGACCAGGAACCAGAAGGCGGGGAGGCCCUGCUGCAGCUCCUCCCAGCUCCCUGCUCGGGGCGGGCGGCCCGCAGCGCCUCUCCGGGGGGCCAGCCUGGGGUCCUAUUUAUUCACCCACAUUCUCACUCGCCUGUCGGGGCGGUGGCUGCGCCCCCCGCCUUCCCAGCGCUGAGCAAUCCCGCAGGUGAGGGGCGGUCCGGUCCCUCCCCCGUAGGCUGCACACUCGCCCGCAGGCCCUGGCAUGUCCCUGGUGCUACAGACCCCCCAAGGCUUCCUCCAGUCUGGGGUCGGGGACCCCGGGAGGUGCUUCCAGACCGCUAAUAAAGACGAUCUGCGUGAACGCC